AUGGCCGACCCGGCGGAGUGCACCAUCAAAGUGAUGUGCCGUUUUCGGCCCCUGAACAGCUCCGAGGUGACCCGAGGGGACAGAUACAUUCCCAAGUUUCAGGGGGAGGACACGGUGAUCAUCGGGGUGAGUAGAUGAGCUCCGCCGCCGCCGGGCUGACUCGGCCCGGAGGCCCCGCUCCGCUCUCCGCCAUUUUUGAUUGUUUGAAACGGUUAGCCUGUUAGCUAACGUUAGCUGCUCACCGCUGCUUUGGCCUCCAGCUACAACCUCAAAAACACACAAUGACACCUACUUUUUUCAGCUUUUAGGGUCUAUUUUGUGCUCUAACGGCUGUUUGAGACAUUUUAACUCAUUAUAAAGUCAGAGUGAAGGGUGUUGGUGUGAAAUAUGUGUCUUCGUAGUUGCCCUGUCAUUCAACAAACCCUGUGAGGGUGGCUCAGGUGUCUCCAAUGUUAGCCUUUAAAUCCUGCUCCAUAUCUGCUGCUGCUGCCGCCUUAUCAUCCUUAUAUAUCUGUGUAAUAACAAAUCUGUUAAUGGGGACCAGUCUCUGGGACUGAAUGGUGGCUAACAGGCUGAGGUCGGUGAUAGCAGGAGGCCGGGGCCAGCUGGGAGCUGACAGAUUAGCCGGCCUUGGUUAGCUGCUGUCUGCUUUUAAUGCUGUUGUUUAAUUAAAGCCAACAUUUACCUGAGCAGCUGACUGCAGAACCAGAUCUUAUCUGGACCAGGUGUUGUGUUACUGAGGGUUAAAGGAGGUAAAGCAGAUGUUUCCAGUGAAGAACAGAGACUUCAGACUGACAUAUCGAUGAAAUAACAGCUGUGGGAACGGUCAGUAUAGGAGGGACAGUAGGACUCUGAUCGCCUUCAGUGACUGGACUAUAAUAGAAAUUUCUAGAAAGAUUUAAUAAUAAAAACAAACCAUUAAACUCAUAUUAAACUGAGUUUAAGUCCAUCUGCCCUUUAAACAAAGAAUUGGAUAAGUAUGACAUGAGACAUGUUGAAUCUAGUCGGUGUAUUUCCUUUUAAUAGUAAUAAUAAAGACUUUUAUUGUGAAAUUAAACCAACAUUAACCUGACCAGCUUAUCUUGUAUUACUAAGGGUUAAGGAAGUCAGAUGUUUCCAGUAUAGAAUAAAGACCUCAGACUGUCAUAUCGAUGAAGUAACAGCUGUGGGAACGGUCAGUUUAGGUGGGACAGUAGGACUCUGAUCGUCUUCAGUGACUGGACACUUACAGAAGAUUCUAGAACGACUAAAUAUACAAUAACAAACCAUUAAACUCAUAUUAAAAUUGCACAAAUGUUGAGUGUAAGUCCAUCUGCCCAUUAACUCUUAGAACUUCCAGCUAUAUUUUACUUUUUUUAAUGUAAAAAUCUCUGUAUCAACUCGAUCCUUUUGAUCACAGCAAAUAUACACAUCUUUAUUUUUUCAGGACAACCUCAGCUGUCAGUUUAUGGAGCAAAUAUUCUGUAAAUGAGAGUGACAGUAGAUUCAGAACUAUCAAAGUCAACCACAAAACAAAAACAGAAAUUGAUCCUAGCAGUACUGUGCUCAAUCUACAGUGACCAAGCCUUUUCUCACCUGAACAUCAUUCUCUCAAGUCUUGUCUAUCAGGAGAAGAAAUAUUGGGAUUGGAACAAACUCACAACAGAAACUAUUGACAUAUUUACACUCAUUCUUCCAGGUGUAUUUUACUAUUUACAGUUGUUUCUGCCAUGAGACAGAGGACCACAUCAUACUGCUCAGAAUCUCUUCUUCGCUUGUUCUCAAACAUUCAUCAUCAAAACAGCUUAUCAAACCCGAAAGACAUUAGCAGCAUUUAGCAACAGUAAUCUUUUUUAUCACAACAAUCUGAUAAAUAAUCCAGUUUUCACCGGUGUGUCACUGCGGAUUAACCGUCAAACGUCUCUGAUCAAACACCUGUUUUUGUGGCUGGAUUGUAAACCUUGUGGCAGGUGUAGAAAUGUCUGGAAACCCUCGAUAGAUUACCAAAAGGGUAAACUUUUAAACACUUUUCAUCCCGUAGAGAUAGACGGUAUAGUUCCUGAGAAACUGUAAACUAUAUUGAUGGUGUCAUGUGGGACCGCCGGAGAUCCAGCGGAGUUUGAAGCGUUAAAGAAAGAAAUGGAUAACCAUGACAUGAGACAUGUUGAGUCCGGUUGGUGUAUUUCCUUUUAAUUAAGACUUUAAUUGUGAUAUUAAACCAACCUUUGCUGCUUAUUCAGCCCUUUAGUGACUCAGACCCUUCCCCUUGAUAAGGAUAACAUCAACAAAAGAAGGAAAUAGCUAAACUAAAGCUCUGAAUCAACAGAGAAACUACCCAGAGGUUAGUUUACUACUGCUGUGCGCUCCAGGCUUCGUCACUCUACACAUAUACAGUCCUGUACUGUGGACAAAGUACACGUCGACUUCAUUAUGUGAGUCAAAGUAAAGACACUCAAACUCGACUGAAAGUUGUUCAGGACACUAAAGUACACAACAGAUUUUUAGAAAGUCUCAAAAUGAGUUCAGUUCAACAACAGUAAUCAACAUAAUAACAACAACAACAAAAUAUACAACAAACAAGUAAAUCCAAGCAUAAACAGUCGGAUUGAAAAUAACCAACAUGCAGAUACAUGCUUCAUUAACCUGGAAAACAGCAAAUAUUUAAAACUAUCAGAAUAUUAAUCUUUUAAAAACCUCAAACAUGGAGAUAAACGUUUACUCUACGGCAACACCACUGAGACAAACCACACACGGAAAUACUCUAACCUAGUUUAUUGUUAUUGGGAGUGGAUUUUCAUAAACUGGAAUGACAUCUAAAGGGCAGUUUUUUUAUGAUAUCUGUACUGGAAAGACAUCCAGACGUCUCUUUCUGAUGUUUGAGUCUGUAGAAGAGCAGCUGCUGAGACACAUUUUCAUGUCAUUUCCAUGUGAGGGGCACCGUAGUGGUUAUUUUUUAAUGUGUUAUUUAUAUCUGGAGCAUCAAAAACAGACAUAAUCUGCUGACUUUAGUGCCAAAAUAGAGACUUAGUAGUAGGAAAUGUGUCUUUGAGCUGUAGUGGAGUUAAACUAUUACAUUUCUCCUAAAGAUUAAUAUCAAAUUACAGACAUUUUCUUCUCAGGUACAGGAGUCAGGUUAGUGUUUAUGUUGACUUAACCAGCGUUCAUGUUGUUGCGUGUCUCUUUAGAAUUGAAGAUCACAAAAGGAGAAGGAUGGGUCUCAGUAAUUAAACAAAACAACCUCAUGAAAGCUCUGCUGCUGACAUCUCAGGUUUGAACACGCUAACAAAUGUUCAUAAUCUUACGGCCCACGGUCCCGGUUAAACAUUAGGUCUUCUGCUGAACGAACUCUGGUGUUCCUGGUGGACUUUGGCGUCUUUCCCUGCUGCUUUAUGAGAGUUUGCCGGGUAAUAGAAACUGAUCAUGAGUCUUGUUCAUGAAGCGGUUCAGCAGAUAUGACUCACAUCCUGGUUAGAGUUGACCCGCUGAAGUAGGUGAUGAUGAACUCGACAGGACUGUUCAUUUUCCGUCCCUAAACUGAGGAGGCCGUUGUGUCUGUGGUUACUUCUGAGCCGUUUUGCUGACACUGACUUCAGGCGCAGAAGUGCGACUGAACUGUGUGUACCCUCCAGGCGCGGCCCGGCGCGGCCCUGCCCAGUUCAGAGUGCCAGAAUACCAGGGCACAUUGUGAAGGACACAAGUGUUGCGAGCCAGAGAGUCCAGCAGCCCUGCCUGGAGCUCCUGCUCACAGAAGUACACCACUUACUGUACCCAUCAGCAACAGCAGCAGCAGCUCGGCCUCAUGGGUAAUCCCCCUGUGUUUUCUCUCCUGGUAACCAGCUGUUGGACCAAUCAGAGCAGGCAGCUGGGCGGGCGCUGGGCAAUCUCUCGGCGGGGUGGGGAGGGUAAUUAUCGCGGUGAUGGACUUUGUUUUGCAGAUGCUCUUAUCCGGGGUGACUGACUCACUUAGCUCCUGUUUUUUUUUGAUCCACUUUAAAGAGUGAAGGGCGUGGAGCAGACCGCCGAUCAGAGCGCUGACUGACUGACUGACAGGCGUGAAGCUGACCACAAGGCAUUAUACAAAAAUACACAACAAGAACACACUAGUGAUUGUGCAUUUAGAGAAAACAUCAGGGCUGCAGGGUGUCCGAUAAAUGACAAUGUAAUUUCUGCUUUUUUAAUAGUGAAGUUUUCAGUUUGUCGUCCGAGUUCAGACUCUAACUUUAUAUUGUAAUAUAGUUCAAAUGAUGUCCAUGAUUUAAAGGUCUAAUCUCCUCCAUAAGUAAGUCUUCCUCAUCCCUCUGCCGCUCAAUGAUUCUGACUCUAGAUGUGAUUAAAUAUUAACUAAACGUCAUGUUCCUAUAUUAAUUUAGACAGGGCUUGAAACUAACUAAGAGCUCACAAAGAACUUUAGGGGCACAAUAAAAACUGAUCAAAUAAUGUUUGUCUUAUUGUCCGACCUUAGUACUAUUAUUUGGAAUCAAUUUUAGGUCUUUUGGUCACAUGACAGUGAAGCUAUUGAAGGAAAACAGCCUUUUCUGAGAACAUCAACCGGUAAUUUAUUGACGGUCCCUUAUUCAACACCGACGUUGACAGUGAGGGUGUCGAGUAGAUUUAACCGCGCUGCUGUUGUUAUUCCCGGUUAUGGAGAGUGAGAAGACACCGGUAGAUCCUCAGAGAAUGUCCGUCAGAUAUCCAACCUGAAACUAACUUCACCGCCGUAUUUACAGGAAAAUAUAUCCAACCUGAAACUAACUUCACCGCCGUAUUUACAGGACAAUAUAUCCAACCUAAAACUAACUUCACCGCCGUAUUUACAGGAGAAUAUAUCCAACCUGAAACUAACUUCACCGCCGUAUUUACAGGAAAAUAUAUCCAACCUGAAACUAACUUCACCGCCGUAUUUACAGGAAAAUAUAUCCAACCUGAAACUAACUUCACCGCUGUAUUUACAGGAAAAUAUAUCCAACCUGAAACUAACUUCACCGCCGUAUUUACAGGAAAAUAUAUCCAACCUAAAACUAACUUCACCGCCGUAUUUACAGGAAAAUAUAUCCAACCUAAAACUAACUUCACCGCCGUAUUUACAGGAAAAUAUAUCCAACCUAAAACUAACUUCACCGCUGUAUUUACGGGAAAAUAUAUCCAACCUGAAACUAACUUCACCGCCGUAUUUACGGGAAAAUAUAUCCAACCUAAAACUAACUUCACCGCCGUAUUUACAGGAAAAUAUAUCCAACCUGAAACUAACUUCACCGCUGUAUUUACAGGAAAAUAUAUCCAACCUGAAACUAACUUCACCGCCGUAUUUACAGGAAAAUAUAUCCAACCUAAAACUAACUUCACCGCCGUAUUUACAGGAAAAUAUAUGCAACCUAAAACUAACUUCACCGCUGAAUUUACAGGAAAAUAUAUCCAACCUAAAACUAACUUCACUGCUGUAUUUACAGGAAAAAAAAACAUUUGUUGUUUUUUUUUUUAUGCGUACAUGUGACCCUAAAUACAUUUUAUAAUUCGCACACAUCUAUUGUAAGUCGUAAAUGUGAGUGUAAUGGUCGUACUGUGGAGUCCUGAUGUGAUUAAAUAGAUACUGAACAUCAUGUUCUUUUAUUAAUCCUAUUAUAGAAAUUACCGUCUCUGUUACAUAUAAUCAGACAUUACUCUGAAAUCCUCACAUUUAUAUAAAGAUCCGUUCCUGUAGUUUUAGUCUGAUAAGUGUUUCAAACUUCGAUCGCUCUGAGGACUCGGAGGCUCCACAGGAAGAUGAUCCAUCAUGUUUGUCAGCGCCACACACCACCAGAGCCGAUCCACGCCAUCUCAGCUCCACCCUGCUCUGCUCCACUGAAGCUGGCUCUGUUUACCAUCAUGUUCAGUUUAGGUUAACCUGGAUGAGGGGAGGUCAGACAAUGGAACAUUCAAAACUGUUUCAGAGGAAAACAGCAUGCCUGGACUGACUCUCACCUGCACAUCAGAUAAAAUGGAGGAGGAAAUACUGCUGCUGCUGCUUGUUCCGUGUUGUUGUCUUAUCCCUGGAGCAGAGCCACUCAAACUAACUGUGGCUAAUGCUAGGGGAUUUAAUGCUACCGUGCUAACAUUAAUCCAUGAUUAAUCUAUCUGCUAUGUGCUCAAUCACUAACCUAAGAGAAAGGACUGACAGGGGGCGACGUGGAGUUGUUGGACAAUCCUGUGGAGCUCUUGUAUGGUUCUGUGAUCCUGUGAGUCCGGCUGAUCUGGUCUGGUGCCGCUCCAAACAUGCCUCUAGUGGAGCCGGGCGCACUAUUGGAUAGAAAACGAGCAGUCAAAGUGUCUGUAACAGAAGUGUUUCUUGUCAAACGGACCUGCUGUAGCGUGUUGUAGCGCCAUCGCUAAACUGUCCUCCCUCGGGUCCUGGACUAUGUCACUUUAUCCUCGUUGUAGAAGUCCUGCAAACAUUGUGUUUGCUGGUAGUCUGUUGGCAUCUACAGUAGCACCAAUGCUUUUGACUUUCACCUUGACUGGGCCCCAUUUGUAAUGAUCUGAAGGAUUUAUCUGCAUUAUAUCUGAAUUUAAUUGGAACGAUACGAGCGAGCAGGAGCGUCUGUUUGUGGGCGGGGCUUGAGGGAGAGGAGGAGCUGAGGGGAAAACUGGUUGGGAGGGGUAGAGUUUACAUUUAACAUUUCUCCUAAAAACUGGAACUAACUCAGAUCCUGACUACAACACCUUUAAUAAAAGUGCAUAAUCUGCACUGUGAGUUUUGCACAUGGACGCACCAAAACAGUAGAUUUUAUCGACCAUAUUCUGUCAGUGUUCGUCUCAUCUCUGGUGAACUUGAGGGUUUUUCUCAGAGGAUGUUCAGGUGUUGUAACCAGUGAGGUUUGUAAGUGUUGUAUGAGUGUACAGCAGCAGGUCAAUUAUUCAUGCGUCUUGUACUCGACUGUCAGUUUUGCUCAUAAAAGAUCAGCUCUUCGCUCUCCUGCCACACGGUUUAUGCGCGAGCGGCGCCCUGGGACGACGCCCUGGAAGAACUCUGCAGAUCUACUUUUAGCCGGUGUAGUGGUGGAGGUGCGUGAGAGAUCAAAAAAAGAAAAGGAUUAGAGAGAUAAGUGAAAGUGCGCCUACUGCCUUCAAACAAACAGACUACAGAGGAGCUAUUGACACCUGUUUACUCCUGACAACCAGCCAGCUGUGUUCCAAGAAGGACGCUAAAACCCAGUAACACCAGAUUAAUGCAGCCGACCUGUCUCCACCAUCUGCCCAGUUCGGUUCCUCCUCCAUCAUUCAGGAGUAACCACGAGCCUGAAGAAGAAGAAGAACCUUGACGUGUGAAUGAAUGAAUGAGAGAAAUAUCAUAAAUGUGACACAGCAGCAGCAGCUCUUGGUCUUAUUACUCUGCAGUUUCCACAGUAAUUACAUUUUCAGACUGUAAUCCCAUUAGAGAGGAGGAGUGGAGGUAACCAGGGCAGCAGCAGCAGCAGCAACAAUGAGGACUUUAAACCGGGCCUGGACCAUUGUUUGCCCACAGCGCCUGGCGGGCCUGAUAGCGGCUCAGCGCUCGUGUUGUGGGCAGGGUUAAUUGGCGGGAUGUGUCCGACUGCAGUGAAUUAUCUACGUAUGAAGAUUUAGCAGAGAGCUGUGAGUGUCAGUCAGGAGGAAGAAGAAGAAGAGAGGAUUAUGUCUUAGAGAGCAAACGGAGAGGAGGCCUGAGGAAGUCCUGGAGUAGGUGUGUGUCGUCACCUUCAGGUCUGAAUGUGGUUAAAGCUUUAAUCAGGUGAGGCCGGCUGCUCUUCAGCAUCCUCAACCUCGCUCUGAUACUGCAGGUGUUAACACUGAGCUGUCACUGAGGAGGAGGAGGAGGAGGAGAGCCUGAGGUAUCACCGCUGAACGAGGCUGUUUUGUUUUUAAACUCCUCCUCCUUCACCUCAGGGAGAGCCCCGCCCAUCAGGCUGCAGAGGAGGUGAGUCAACAGGGACGUGACGCCUCUGAAGACGGCGUGUUGGACCUCAGAUCUGCUCCGAGCAUCAGUUUUCUGACCCUGCAGAUCCACUUAUUGAUUUCUAUCUCAGUGGAGUCGUGCUGUGGAGUUUGGACGGGCGAUCAGAACCUGACACAGAACUCAAAGAUUAGUUUGCACUGAGGCUGAACGAUCACAGCUGAUCAUGGUUAUUUUGACCAAUAUUGAUUAAUUAUCAAUCAUCAUUCUUCACUCAUGUUCGGGACCCUCUCUGCUGUCCGUGUGUAAUCAAACUAUAAAUCAUCAUAACUGGCAAACACUGUAUUUUUUACAGUGCAGUACUUAGACUUCAGGUCGAGGCGAAUACAGAACGCAAAAUUACCGAAUGUUCUGAGGUGAAUUAUGACAUGCCUGACUAUACACAUCAAGCCCGAUGUGAUUUUGUGACUUUCCGGGGGGGAAAAGACGCAUCCCGGGAAGACUUUGUCCCGCCUCCUUCACCUCUGAUUGGCUAGAAAAGCUGGAAACGUCAUCGCACGCUCUCUGCAGAUCUCUGAAAAAAAAGUCUCAAAGUCUUAAGUCAUAAAAAGUCUGAUUUUUAUUUGUCAGAAGUCUGAAUGAGACGAGAGGACCUGUUAGAGGACAGUCAGUGUCAGGCUGAGGGGUUCGGGAUGUUUCUCCUCCUCUCAGUUUUCAUUCGGCGCCUCCACCUCGGUCUAUAAGUCAACUCAGCUGACACCAAAAAGUGGAACUCUCCGUCAGUUCAGUGACACACAUCCUGCUCCAGCUCUCCCAGAAAUAGUGACCUCAGAGUGUUUACUCACAUGACCCAGAAAAACUGCAGUCCUCCUCAGACCAGUUCGUCUGGUCCUGAGUCCUGGAGUCAGGUAUUUACUGAGUUCACUCCUAAACCCCUGAAAUCAUCAGGUUCAGUUCUGACCCGGUUUAUUUACAGAGAACAGUUCAGUAUCUGAGAUUGAGAUCACUCGUGAUGAAGUAUUUCCUCUAACUGAGCGAACCUGCAGCCAACGCCAUUUAAAAAGAUUUGAAUAAAGAGCAACUGUACUAAACUCACCUUCAAAAUAAAAGCAUGUGCUGAAACAGAAGAAUAAUAAACAGGACUUUUACUUUGAAAGGUGUUCUGUCUGUUCUGGUUGAGAUCUCCACAUGUCCUCGUGGAUUUGUGGAUCUCAUUUGAAUGUUUUUGUGUGUUUUUGUUGUUUCCUCCUGUGAAGGCCGAGCGCAGCUGUCUUUAUGUGAAUUAUGGGAACCAGAGGUCGAGUGUUUGAGGGGUCAGAGUGCGGCAGGAUCAGAAUCAGGUUUAAGGCGAAGUAGGCGAACACGUGCAAAGACUGAGUGGAGUGAAAACAGCGAGUAGAGUUGUAGAGGAGAAGCUUGUAAACAGUCGUAGUGUUUACUGCUGUGAGGAACACGAUAAGGACAAAUAAACAAAGAGAGAGAGAGAACAGGAGGAGAGUCCUCAGUGUCGGGUAUCUUUAUGAAACCUCCUUCUUCUCUGCGUUUCUUCAGGGUAAACCGUACAUGUUCGACAGAGUCUUCCAGUCAAGUACAACACAGGAGCAAGUCUACAACGCCUGCGCCCAGAAGAUCGUUAAAGGUGAGGUCUCAUUUCUACUGAGCCGUAUCAGCUGUAUUUAGAGGACGGGUUCAGCCCAAACUCAGAGGUCAUGAAGUUCAGACGUUUCUACUUCCUGUUUCAGAUGUUCUGGAGGGAUACAACGGGACGAUUUUUGCAUACGGGCAGACAUCAUCUGGAAAAACACACACCAUGGAGGUGAGAUGUUUGGAGGAGUUUUUAAAAAUGGGAUUAAUCACUUUAGAGCGUUAACUUUGACCGAACUAACUCUCUCUGUUUGUUUGUUUGUUUGCAGGGGAACCUCCAUGACACAGACGCAAUGGGCAUCAUCCCCAGGAUAGUCCAGGAUAUCUUCAACUAUAUCUACUCCAUGGACGAGAACCUGGAGUUCCAUAUCAAAGUAAGAGGGAAGACCCAACUGAUGAUGGAUCCAGUCUAUGGACCAGCCUCUGUAUUUGUGUGGUCGUCAGGAAGCCGAAUAAAGACGUUUAAGAGGAAAUCUAAGAGCUGAACUAGUAAAGCAAGAGACUAAAUCAAGUCAUCUGAAUCGCUGACAGACUUCAUCAGAUCAUUUAAAAUAAGUUUUUAAAGUUUCAUGAAGGAUUUACAUCAUGUUUGUUAAAUCUAACCCCAUUUCUGUCUCUUAAUUCUUGUAGAAUUUCACGUUUUAACUCUGUUUUUGUGUUUCUAUCGCGGCGCCCUGAUCGUCUUUCUCUCUUUUCUCGCAGGUUUCAUAUUUUGAAAUCUACUUAGACAAGAUCCGGGACCUGUUGGACGGUGAGUGACAGCUGUGACCCUCACAGGGUCCACAGACAUGCUGUUAAAAGGCUGUGAAAUACCGAGGUGAUUAACACCCCCCUGUGUGACGGAGGGGGCGGAGCUUUAAACCCACGGAGCACACAUGUGGUCAUAGAUGAGCGUUUUCUAAAGUUUGAAGAUGAAAAAAUAGAUGUUUUUGUCUGUAACAUUAAAGUUCGUCUCUGUCAUAUUUGUGACUCUGUUAUCUUCCUGUUUCAGUGUCAAAGACCAAUCUGUCAGUGCAUGAAGACAAAAACAGAGUACCCUACGUCAAGGUGAGACCUGAGCUCCUGACACACCUUUAGAUUUACAGUGGUCUGUAAAAGUCUGACCCCUCUCUCUCUCUCUCUCUCUCUCUCUCUCUCUCUCUCUCUCUCUCUCUCUCUCUCUCUCUCUCUCUCUCUCUCUCUCUCUCUCUCUCUCUCUCUCUCUUCAGGGCUGCACUGAGAGGUUCGUCUGCAGCCCAGAGGAGGUCAUGGACACCAUUGAUGAAGGCAAAUCAAACAGACAUGUAGCAGUCACAAGUAAGACGCCGUCCUCUCCUUCCUCUUAGAUCUAGUCUUUGAUCAUUUCUGUCGUUGUUGUAACCCCGUCGACGGUGGUCUCCUCCCUCAGACAUGAACGAGCACAGCUCCAGGAGUCACAGCAUCUUCCUGAUCAACGUCAAACAGGAGAACACUCAGACGGAGCAGAAGCUCAGCGGAAAGCUUUACCUGGUGGAUCUGGCAGGAAGUGAAAAGGUGAAAGGAGCCGAAGGGCGUCACUGAGUUGACCUGUUUUCUUUCUGCUGUGUGCUUAGGUUGGGUCCGGAUCUGAUCAGAGUCUAGUCCUGUGUUUGGUUUUUUAAAGGUUGUUGUCUUUGGGGUUUCCAGGUCAGUAAAACAGGAGCAGAGGGAGCCGUGCUGGACGAGGCCAAGAACAUCAACAAGUCCCUGUCGUCUCUGGGAAACGUCAUCUCAGCUCUGGCUGAAGGAACGGUCAGUGUCAACCUCUUCUGUCUUUGGUCGGGCCGGGACUUUAACACGAUAAUUGCAAUUAAGUAAUUACAGAAACAUUAUCAAGUUAAAAAUAUUAUCAAGUUAAAAAUAUUAACGCCUAUUAAUAAUAAUAAUAAUUACUUUAUUUAUAUAGCAAUUUUAAAAGCAUGAGUUGUAACAUGCAGAAAAACAAAGAACAUAAAAAACAUAACAACAAGAGAACACUUCGAGGAAACGACACAUUACUGGCAAUAAGAAAUAAGAUAAAAUAAGAUAAAAAAUUGUUGGGAGACAUGAAAGCUUUGAUGAAUGUCACAUGAGCUGAGACGUCAUUAAAACAAAGACUUUAUAGGAGCCCAUGAUACCCGGCCACCACAGGAACCUGAGACCAAGGGGACGAUUAUAAAACAGGAAUAAGAAAAGUAAAAGGUUUUAAAGAAGACAAAAGCACAUAAAAGCAAGUCUAUAAAAAUAAGUUUUAAGACGUAAAUUAAAAGCAGUGACUCUUAAUCGCACCUGCUGUAUUUUUGCACCACGGGACGUUUCUCACUGGACGAGUUUCAGGUUUAUCGCUUAUAUCGGCGCACCCCAAUGUGAGUGAGUGCAGCAGUGAUUCCAGUCCCACCCAGGGCAAGAAAAAUGAACGAAGUCGCGGAUGAGUGUGAUUUGAUUGGCUCCGACGUGGAUGGGAAAUUUUGGUUUAAAAAAAAAGAGAUGGAUGGAAGCCUGGAUAAAAAAAUAAAGUCUUGUGUAAUCUAUGAAAAAAAAAGUUCUCAGGUCAAAUAUUUAUAUGCGAUCAAAUUGCGAUUAAUUAAUCACAAAUCCUCUGAUUGAUUAGAUUAAUUUCUUUAGUUGACUCCCAGCCCUGGUCUUUGGUUCUGUUUCCUCACCAGGAGAUCUGGACCUCACGCAGAGUCAGUGAAGCUGUUCUCCUGGUCUCUUCAUGAGUCUGAUUCUUGUAGUUUUUUGAAGAUGACAGAUCUGCUGUAACCUCAGGUGAUCACUCACAGCAGAAAAAAGCCUCCUCAGAUAUCAGCAGUGAUGUUGCAGACACAGAGCUCUAACUGUUCACCAUCUCUCCUGCCCGGAGCGAGGUGUGCGCCCAGAAAACCAACAUUAGAGCGUUUCCAAACAUCUACCAGUCCUCUGUGCUGCAGAGUCGACUCUUUCGCUGCUCCAAACUCCUCCGAGCUAAGUUUGUGUUUUCCUGCUCCUCAGCGGUUUUACGCUCCUCACAUUCAUCAACAGCCGCUUUGUUCCCGGACCGCUCGCUCUAUAAACAACCUGGGGCGGACAGCCGCUGAUGUUUUUGUGAUUAUCUGAAACAAACGAGCGUUUGUUCUCGGAUAGAUCAGUCCGAGUGAGCGAGCGUAGAGGUGUCUGCAGAGUUAGAGCAGACCGGAUCUUUAGGUCGUUCCUCACACAUUUACAGAUCCACAGACUUAAAGAUCAGACAUCUGAACGUGUCUUAGGUUUAACUCCUCAUCUCUGUUAACAUCUUAAAGGCCUACAUCCCGUACCGAGACAGCAAGAUGACCCGUAUCCUGCAGGACUCUCUGGGCGGUAACUGUCGGACCACCAUCGUUAUCUGCUGCUCGCCGUCCUCCUACAACGAGUGUGAAACCAAAUCCACCCUCAUGUUCGGACAAAGGUCAGUGGACCCUCUUAAAGUUGAUUUACCUCAAACAAAACCAAAGUCUAGGACUCCUGACACGUCCAUGAACCUUGUUGAAGGAGUUUUUGUAGACCUGUACCAGGAUCUAACCGGUUUUGGUUCUGUGUUCAGAGCGAAGACCAUCAAGAACACGGUCGUUGUGAACAUUGAGCUGACGGCAGAGCAGUGGAAGCAGAAGUACGAGAGGGAGAAGGAGAGGAACAAGACCCUGAGGAACACCAUCAACUGGCUGGAGAACGAGCUCAACCGCUGGAGGAACGGUAAGAGGAGGAGAAGGAGGAGGAGGAGGAGACUGAGAUUUAGUCUGAUUCUUUAGUUCAUGACCUCCUCAGGUUCUUCAGGAGGAGAAGGAGAGCAGCGUUUGAGUUUCUCCUCACACAAAGAUUUCAUCAUGUCGUAUUAAAAUCUGAAAGAAGAUGAUGGAGUAGAUGAAGUAAACAAACAUCUCCUCAGACAUCCAGGACCUCCAUCUUCACACUGACCUCAUGUCUGUGUUUGUGCGCUCUAACCUCAGGUGAGAGCGUCCCGGUGGAGGAGCAGUUCGACAAAGAGAAAGCCAACGCCGAGGUUCUGGCCCUGGACAACAUCAUCAACGACAAGCCGGCGUCCACGCCCAACAUGCCCGGAGUCCGCCUGACCGACGUGGAGAAGGACAAGUGUGAGGCUGAGCUGGCCAAGCUCUACAAACAGCUGGACGACAAGGUGAGAAGAACCAGGAGAACAUAGGAACUCUUUACAGGAGUCCUGAGAACCAAUCAAAACUCUGAGGUGGUUUUAUUCUGACGUGUCUUUGUUUCCUGAACUUUACAGGACGAGGAGAUCAACCAGCAGAGCCAGCUGACUGAGAAGCUGAAGCAGCAGAUGUUGGACCAGGAGGAGGUGAGUGCAGCAGGUCCAGAAGGUGGAGAGGAGGCUCUUUGUGUUUAUAGUUUAGUAACUUUGAGGUUUUCAGGAGGUAUUUAAACUAGAUCUGAUCUUGUAGAGUGACUUCAGGUGGAGCUCUAACCUUCUGUUUGAGUUAAUCAGAUAAAGUCCUUCAAAAAUGUCCAGAAGAUCUCUGAACAAUCUUCCUCUUGCAGCUUCUGGCCUCCUCCCGCCGCGAUCACGAGAACCUCCAGGCGGAGCUGAACCGCCUGCAGGCCGAGAACGAAGCCUCCAAGGACGAGGUGAAGGAGGUGCUUCAGGCUCUGGAGGAGCUGGCCGUCAACUACGACCAGAAGAGCCAGGAGGUGGAGGACAAGACCAAGGAGUUUGAGGCCAUCAGCGAGGAGCUGAGCCAGAAAUCUGUGAGUCUGAGAAAAACCACAGAUGAACGAUUUCGGCCCCUGUGAGGGAUCAGAAUCAGGACCACACUGAACACUUCCUCUCUGUCUUCUCAGUCCAUCCUGUCGUCUCUGGACUCUGAGCUCCAGAAGCUGAAGGAGAUGUCCAACCACCAGAAGAAGAGGGUGACGGAGAUGAUGUCCUCACUGCUCAAAGACCUGGCUGAGAUCGGCAUCGCUGUCGGCAGCAACGACAUCAAGGUACUGAGGCGUCCUCUGCAGAAACUGAAGAUCUAAAACCCUGUAGAUCUUUGGGAAGGUCUUCAAACACAGAGAUGGUUUUCAUAGAUGAGCUCUUCUCUUCCUCUUGUGCUCAUUUCUUCCUUUUCUCGUCCCGCAGCAGCACGAGGGCGGCAGCGGCAUGAUCGACGAGGAGUUCACAGUGGCCCGUCUCUACAUCAGUAAGAUGAAGUCCGAGGUGAAGACCAUGGUGAAGCGCUGCAAGCAGCUGGAGAGCACCCAGUCUGAGAGCAACAAGAAGAUGGACGAGAACGAGAAGGAGCUGGCCGCCUGUCAGCUGCGCAUCUCUCAGGUACGUCCAACGAGCUUUCUGAUUGGACGAGAGAGACAUAGGCUCCUCCAAUAAACAUCUUCACUGGUUCUUCUGUCUGUCUGCAGCAUGAGGCCAAGAUCAAGUCCCUGACCGAGUACCUGCAGAACGUGGAGCAGAAGAAGAGACAGCUGGAGGAGAACAUGGACUCUCUCAACGAGGAGCUGGUCAAGCUCAGCGCUCAGGGUACGAGUCUGUUAGAGUGACACCAGGGCUCUGAAGGUCCGCUGGUCCUGUGAACCUCCACGGACUAGUCCAACCUGAAGAGCCUGUUAGAAGAUCAGCUCCACACCUUCAUCUCUGACCUGACACAGAAAGUUCUCCUCUGACAUGACUUUGGUUCUGAUGAAACCUCUCUGUUUGUGUUUGCAGAGAAAGUCCACGCCAUGGAGAAGGAGAACGAGAUCCAGACCGCCAACGAAGUCAAGGUACGUCCACCAAAGAGAGGAACUGUGAGCGAGCUGAAGGUUUCUACACCAAAACAUCUUCAGGAAUGUUUCUGAAAUAUUCUGGAUGUUCAUUUUCAGGAGGCGGUUGAGAAGCAGAUCCACUCCCACCGUGAAGCUCAUCAGAAGCAGAUCAGCAGCCUGAGAGACGAGCUGGACAACAAGGAGAAGCUCAUCACCGAGCUGCAGGAGUAAGAGAUGAAGAUGAGGAGGAGGAGGAGGAGUGGAGAUACUUGGACUUCUCACGAACAUGAGAGAAAACCGAUCCUAACUAAUCUGUGUUUCUGUCUCUCAGUCUGAACCAGAAGAUCAUGUUGGAGCAGGAGAGACUCAGAGUGGAGCACGAGAAACUCAAAUCCACCGACCAGGAGAAGAGCCGCAAGCUGCACGAGCUCACGUACGUUCAAACACACACACACACACACACACACGCACACACAAAGGUGUUGGGUUUGGUGGUCUCACACUCUGUUCUGGUUUCGUUCUUCAGGGUGAUGCAGGACCGGAGAGAGCAGGCCAGACAGGACCUGAAGGGUCUGGAGGAGACAGUGGUGAGUUCGUGAUUCUCCGUCAUCGAUCUUGACGGUUUGACAGAGUCGUAGUUUGAUCGUAAAGUUGAAGUUAAUCCUGUAAUCCAGAGUCUGUUUCCCGUCUGCGUUCGUCUUCAGAUUUUGAAUUUGUGUUUUUUUUUCUUCCUCUCAAGGCGAAGGAGCUGCAGACGCUGCACAACCUGAGGAAGCUCUUCGUCCAGGACCUGGCCACCCGAGUGAAGAAGGUCUGAGAAUCCUCCAAGAGUCUGUUAUCUCUGAGAGGAAUCUUGUUUCUGCUCAUGAUUGAAGUUAAAAACUCUUUUCUUUUCCGGGUCACGCAGAGCGCUGAGAUGGACUCAGACGACACGGGUGGGAGUGCAGCUCAGAAGCAGAAAAUUUCCUUUCUUGAGAACAAUCUUGAGCAGCUCACCAAAGUUCACAAACAGGUGAGGUCUCCUCCUCCUCUUGGUCGGCGUGUUUGUGUCCGCCCCCGUAGACGACGGUUUAACGGUGACCUUUUCCGAUCUCCCCUCAGCUGGUGCGUGAUAAUGCAGACCUGCGCUGUGAGCUUCCUAAACUGGAAAAGCGCCUUCGUGCUACGGCUGAGCGGGUCAAGGCCCUGGAGUCUGCUCUGAAGGAGGCCAAGGAGAACGCCGCCCGCGACCGCAAGCGCUACCAGCAGGAGGUGGACCGCAUCAAGGAGGCCGUCAGGGCCAAGAACAUGGCCAGGAGGGGGCACUCCGCCCAGAUCGGUAAGAAAGAUCGCUGAAACUUUUACCGCCGACUUCUUCAUGUCAACAAAUCGAUUCGCUCUCGUUCAGAUCUUUACUCGCCUCUUCAUCCUGAAUCUCUCCUCUCCACAGCCAAGCCCAUCAGGCCCGGGCAGCAGCCGGUGGCGUCUCCCACCCACCCCAACAUCAACCGCAGCGGAGGGGGCUUCUACCAGAACAGCCAGACCGUGUCCAUCAGGGGAGGAGGCCCCGCCAAGCCCGACAAGAAGUGAGUUUAACCGCCGCCGCCGCCGCUCUGACCUCACAGGAGGGGAGGAGUCAGAGAGGAGGAGAGAGGAGAGACGGCGGCUCUGAUGGUGGAAAAGGAGGUUUAUCACAAAGGGUUGAUGUCUCCAGAUCAAGAACUCUUGACUUUUAGUAACUCUUUUAAUCCCUGAAAUCACAAAUUAAGGCCAGAAAAUUCAGUUUUUUUGGAGCUGAAACCAAAAAAAAUCCAAAUGUCCUUAAAAUUUAACAAAUAUAUUUAUUGAUCUUGUUUGAUAAAUUAGAUGUUUUUGGAAACUAAUAAACUAGAAGGACAUUUUUAUCAUUUAUCAGACAGUAUUCAGGUGUUUUUUAGUAGCAUUUUCAACUCACUGCGCCAUCUACAGGAUAAGUCAGGGAACUUUUCAAAUGGCAGAACAUUUUCGAAGUGAAACCGAAUCUUAUUCUCCGCAUUUUAUUUCUAAAAAUAUCAGCAAAAAUCGGCGAGUUUUGGCUGAUAAGUCUCAAACGGGCUAAAAUUGGUCGAUUUAUCGCCGAUAAAUCGGUCGGGCGAUCGUUGUUUCACCUUGAGUGUCUCUCCUGUUCGUUUCAUCCGUUAAAGUUAAAACAGUCUGUAAAGAAAGUCUCGUUUUCUCUUCUUUGUGUUUUUUUUUUUCUGUGCAGCUGA